AUGUCCGAUAUAAUUACCGCCAUUUACCCUAUGCUUACUAUAAUAACUUUCCUUAGUGCCAUGUCAAAUAUAAUUACCGCCAUUUACCCCAUGCUUACUAUAAUAACUUUUCUUAGUGUCAUGUCAGAUAUAAUUACCGCCAUUUACCCUAUGCUUACUACAAUAACUUCUCUUAGUGCCGAGUCAGAUAUAAUUACUGCCAUUUACCUCAUGCUAAAUAUCAUAACAUUCCCUAGUGCAUGUCAAAUAUAA